GCACGGUCAGGAGCGUGUUUGGAAAGUUUGAAGUGAAGAAAUAAAGCAGUUUGGUCAGAACGCGCUUUGGAGCCGGAGCGUCACUCACACUGACCCCACCAUGCUCACCUUCACUAUCGAUCAUCCCGCUUAUUGGUGAUUGAUCAGGAAACAUUUCACUUUGUGCUGCGAGCCAACUCUGCUGUCAACAACAUCAGCGCGUGGAGAGAGACAGGAGAAAACACACAGAGAGACAGACAGGGCAAAACACACACAGAGAGACAGACAGGGCAAAACACGGAGGGAGAGACGGACCCCGAGGAAACAUCCAGGACAGACGCCGGGAGGACGAGCCCAGCCACGCCGGGGGAAGGAGCGCGUCCGCCGGCAUGAAGAUCGAGUUCGCCCCGCUGAACAUCCCGCUGCGGAGGAGACUGCAGACCGCCGCCGUGCUGCAGUGGGUCUUCUCCUUCCUGGCGCUGGCCCAGUGCUGUAUGGCGGGCUUUGUGCUCCUGGCUCUCUCUGAUUGGUGGGUGCUGGCCAUGCUGUAUGCCGGUUGGCUGUGGCUGGACUGGGACACGCCUACCUGCGGGGGUCGGAGGUCGCGGUGGGUCAGGAGCUGGAGCGUCUGGAGGCACUUCAGGGACUACUUCCCCCUGAAUUUGGUUAAAACAGUGGAUUUGGAUCCCAGGAAAAACUACAUCUUUGGUUUCCAUCCUCACGGGGUCCUGGUGGCAGGGGGCUUUGGGAACUUCUGCACGGAGGCGACGGGUUUCUCGUCUCUGUUUCCGGGCCUGAAGCCCCAUCUGCUGAUGCUGCCCUUCUGGUUCAGAGUGCCUCUGUUCAGAGACUACAUCAUGUCAGGAGGUCUGGUCUCCAGCUCCAAGUCCAGUCUGUCUCACCUGGUCAGUCGUCCUGAAGGCGGGAACGUUGCUGUCAUCGCGGUGGGCGGAGCUCCAGAGGCGCUGGACGCUCGACCAGGAGCUCUAACACUGCAGGUCCUGAGCAGGAAGGGCUUCAUCAAGAUGGCUCUCAAGCACGGAGCUCAGUUGGUUCCAGUUUUUUCGUUCGGGGAAAACGAGCUGUUUGACCAGAUGGAAAAUCCCUCCGGAUCCCCGCUGAGAACUCUGCAGGACCGUCUGCAAAGCAUCAUGGGAGUGGCCAUGCCUCUGUUCCACGCCAGAGGGGUGUUCCAGUACAGCUUCGGACUGAUGCCCUACAGGAAGCCAAUACACACCGUUGUGGGGAAGCCUAUCUCGGUCGCCCAGACGUCCAGUCCCAGCUCUGCUGAUGUGGAGUCUCUGCACAGAGUUUACCUGCAGAGUCUGACGGAGCUGUUCGAGGAGCACAAACACACCUACGGCCUGGACCAGGACCAGCACCUGACCUUCAUCUGAGCCGCACACACACACUCACACACACACACACACACACACACACACACCUACGGCCUGGACCAGGACCAGCACCUGACCUUCAUCUGAGCCGCACACACACACACACACACACACACACACACACACACACACACACACCCCUACGGCCUGGACCAGGACCAGCACCUUACCUUCAUCUGAGCCGCACACACACACUCACACACACUCACACACACACACUCACACACACACACACACACACACACACGCACACACACCUACGGCCUGGACCUGGACUAGGACCAGCACCUGACCUUCAUCUGAGCCGCACACACACGCACACACACACACACACACACACACACACACACACACACACACCUGUGCGUACCUGGAUGCGUCCAGCCUGAAUGUGAAGGGAAAUCAGUUUUCAGACGUUUACAAUGGAAAAUGCUAACGGUGCUAGCUGUGCCUCAUUGUUUUGAAUGGGUGUGGCUAACACUGUUAGCAUGAUGCCAACAUGUUCUGUUUUGUGUCGCAGUGCAAUAAAAGAUCACCUGUUCA